AUGGCGGGUGUGCAUGUCACUAACCGAAAGGAAUUUGAGAAGAAGCUCAGGAGCUUGGAGUUGACGGUCAGUAAUGAUACAAAAGCGGCAACUCUAACGUUCGCCGGAGAGCAUUUCGACAGUGGGACGUGGUUCGAACACUUGUCGGCUUCUGUUAUCGGCCCCAACCAAGCAUCGAAGGGCUUUGUGUCUAACAGAGAAAGUGCCCCGACUGGAGUUACGGGCGGAUUAACGUUUAAGAUCGAGCAGAAGAACCGCAAAGACAAGUACCUCCGAAUUGGAUUCACAAAUCCUUUCCUAGGGUCCUUCAAGACGUACAUAGGGAUCGGGGGAAGCCCUGGAGCUAAGUUGGGUUACGAGAAUGCAGAAGACGAUUCUCACAAGUUGCGUGUACUUGACGAGUACAAAGUGGAGGCAGUCUUAACGGCUGCGCAGGAGGGAGGAGACAAGCAGAUGAUAUUCACUAUCUCUGAUUCAAAAUAG